AUGUCGUCAAUUGAAGUAUCAUCUACUAAAUUAGAAUCGAAUAUAGAACGUCUUACACUUCGACCACAACGACCACCACCACCACCGCCAUCCACACAAUUUGAACCUUCUAUUCCCAUUGAACUUAAGAGAACAUCUUUUGAACUUGAAACAACAUUUUCAUCAACAGAAAUAUCCGAUGAAUCUAACAAAGAUAUAAAAGAUAACCAAUCAUCAUUUCUAUAUGAAUUCAAAGAUCUAUUUGAUUCAUUUGAUUAUAAAACAGUUCGUAAUAAAAUUUUAAGUCGACAGAUGACAACAUGUCCAUUUACUACUGUUUUAUGGCGUAUUUUUUUACAUUGUUUAUCACGUGAUUCAAGCCAAUGGAAUCAAAUAAUUGAUGCAUCACGUGAACAUUAUGAUGAACUUGUUGAUAGAUAUCUGCUUGAUAUGAAAAAAAUACGAGAAAAUAAUGGUGAUGCAAAAGAUGUCAAUCAUCCACUUUCUCAAGAAGAAAAUAGUCUUUGGAAUCAAUAUUAUGUUUAUGAAGAACUCAAAGAAAAUAUUUAUCAAGAUGUUAUACGAACUUGUCAAGAAAUAUCAUUUUUUCGACAAAAACAUAUUCUUGAUCUUUUAUUAUAUGUUUUAUAUGUUCAUAGUCGACAUUAUGGACAAACAUUACCUUAUCGACAAGGAAUGCAUGAAAUUCUUGCUGUUAUUGUCCAUUUAAUGUAUUUGGAAAGUAUAACAGUAAAUGAAUAUUCUGAAUCAAAUGAAUUAAUGAAAAAACUUUAUGAUCCAGAAUAUCUUGCUCAUGAUUCUUUUGCAAUUUAUGAAAAAAUAAUGGAACAUCUUCAACCAUUCUAUGAUUUUAAAUCAAACAAUAUAGUCACACGUAAAAAUAUCAAUAUGAAUGUUAAUAAACAUAUGCCAUUCCAAAGAUCACAUGAUGUACAAGUUCAAAUGAAUGAUACUGUCAUGCGAGUGAACUCUAUUUUUGAACUUUUAAAAAAUUAUGAUUUACCACUUUAUGAAAAACUUCAAGCUUUAAGCAUUGAACCAACAGUCUACGGCAUCCGAUGGGAAGAAUUUCCCAUUUUAAAAACAAUAUUUUUUCUUCUUUUUUUUAAUUUAUGCAGACGUUGGCUUCGACUUUUAUUUGGACGUGAAAUUCCCUUUGGUUCCAUUCCAAUUCAAAAAGAUGGUGUUUUAGAAUAUAGUUGUUGUUUACAAUAUCUCAUGCAACCAAAUGUUGUUUCUAAUGUUGAAAAUAUCAUUCACAAUGCACUUACUUUAGAGAAAAGCUCUCGAACAAAACAAUUUCAACGUUCAUCAUCAAAUCUUUCUUCCGAAUCGACGCACAAUCGUUCAAUUACAACAGAAAUACAAAAGCCGGUAUCACCAAUACAAAGUUUUUCACAAAAUCCUCUAAUGGAUUCAAUAAAAAGCAAUUCUACAAGUCGAUUAAUUUCAUUAGCACAAACAUCAAAACCUGUUCCUUCUAGUCCAUCAAUAGAUUCUGAAAUGGAUGUCUGUCCUGGAAAAGAAACACGUCAAAGAUUUGAUGAUAAUAUUCAAAUACAAAAAUAUUGUGCUGAAUUUAUGAAUAAAUUCAUUAAUCGAAUACAAAGUCAUAUAUGUGAAUUACAAGCUCCAAAUGAAGAAGAUGUAUUAAUUCAAUUGACUGGUUUAAAACAAAUUGCUAAUAUACUUGAAGGCAAAUUAAUAUUUGAUGAUGAUUCUCUUCAAGCUCUUCUCAAUUAUCAAUACAGAGAAAAAUCAAUCAAAAAUGAUAUUAAUGAUACAGCUUGA